AUUCGAGGGGUGUCAACCAGGUCCUCGAACUAUGAAAAUCGACAUGUGGGUCCUCGAACUAUUGUAAGUGUCUCAGUCACGUCCAAAACCUGCCCGACCCAGUCUGACCUACCGUUGACUGUUGCCACGUCGGACAGGGGUAACGGAGGUGGAUGGAUAUUUACAAAAAACACCCCGAAUCGUUUCAGAUCUCCAUUCCCCAGUCCUUGCCUCUUCUUCUCCUUCUCUCCCGAUCUCUCUCACGGCGAUUUGGGGGCGGCGGCGCCAUGGUUCGGAGCUGGAGCGCGUCAGCGAGCUCUUCCUGGCCGCCUUCCUCUGACCCUGAGGCUGGUGCAUCUCUCCCUCUACUUAAGUGCUGCACGUGCGGCUGGAGGCAAGUGAUUCGUCUGGUUUCCAAAUCUGACAGGAAUCCAGGACGGGUUUUCUUCAAAUGCCCUAAUCACAAGAGAGGGUCACAUGGAUCUUGUGACUGCUAUCACCGGAUAGAUGAAUAUUUGGAUCUUGUUUUGUGCCAUGGUUAUAAUAUUCCUAAAGAGGAGGUGGAGUACAUUGCAAUGAUUUCCAAGCCCUAUCUGGACAGGGAGAUGACAACCAAAGGAACGAAGCCAAACAUUCGUGCUAGUUUCAUAGAGAAAGAUAGCAGGGUAGAAAGUGUGGUCAAGAAGAUUAGCAACAUUCCUGGAAAUCAGAUGAGCCAGAUUGCUGAAGAUAUCAAGCUUCAGUUGGAUCUUGUUGUAGGCAUAGGUUGGAAGAUUCUGCUUGUUUGUACCAUGAUUCUUGCCGUGAACUUGUAUGCUGUUGUAAUGAAGUAGGAGCUGAAAUGUGUUUUUAGUUGCCAAAUGUGCAAGAAACAUUGGCAGUGAACAAUGUAUGGUGCAUGUAGCGAUGACAUUAUGAAAUAUUUCCAGAAUGUGCUUUGCAAUA